UUAGACUGUGCGCUUCCUGGUUACCUCUGUGUUUCAACCUGCAACUUCUUUUUCCUCCCAAAGCAACAAGAUGUUGCAAACAGCUUUCAGCUCGUAUUCAUGGCUAUUGAAUGCUAGCAACCAGAAAGAUGGAUUCUUUCCAGGUGCUUUCUCAUUUCUGAUCGCCAUUUUGGCAAUUUCACUCUGGCACGUAUGGACUAUUCGGAAGUCAAGGAAGCCAACCGCUCCAUUACCGCCUGGCCCCCGUGGUUUGCCAAUCGUGGGAUAUCUUCCAUUUCUUGGAACUGAUAAUCUUCACCUGGUGUUUACAGAUUUGGCUGGAGUCUAUGGUCCUAUCUAUAAACUUUGGCUUGGAAACAAACUAUGCGUGGUAAUUAGCUCACCAUCGCUAGCAAAAGAAGUGGUUCGUGACCACGACAUAACAUUUUCUGAGCGGGAUCCUCCCAUUGCUGCAAAGAUCUGUACCUUUGGCUGCAAUGAUAUUGUAUUUGACUCCUACAGUAGUCCUGACUGGAGAAAGAAGAGAAAAGUUCUUGUACGUGAAAUGCUUAACAAUACUAGCAUCAAAGCUUGUUAUGGUCUAAGGAGAGAACAAGUGAUAAAAACCAUUAAAGAUGUGUAUAAAAAUGCUGGCAAGCCAAUUGAUUUUGGUGAAUUGGCAUUUUUAGCAUCAAUCAACUCGGUCAUGAGCAUGCUGUGGGGAGGCAAACAGGGAGGAGAUCAGAAAGGUGCUCAAAUUUGGAGCGAGUUUCGAGAUCUUAUAACAGAAUUAAUGGUGAUAUUGGGAAAACCAAACAUUUCCGAUAUUUUCCCCGUGCUUGCGAGGUUUGACAUGCAAGGACUGGAGAGGGAAAUGAAGAAAAUCUCUCAUUUGUUUGAUCAACUUUUCGACUCUAUGAUUGAAGCAAGAGUAAACGUGGCCAACAAAAUGGAAAAAGAUGAUGGAAAGACUGACCAAAAGGACUUCUUGCAGCUUCUUUUGGAACUCAAGGAGAAGAAUGAUAGCGCAACAUCAAUUACAAUGAAUCAACUCAAGGCCCUGCUGAUGGACAUUGUGGUGGGUGGAACUGAUACUACAUCGACAAUGAUGGAGUGGACAAUGGCAGAGCUAAUGCAACAUCCUGAAGUAAUGGAAAAGGUGAGGAAAGAAAUAGCUGAUGUUGUCGGUCCAAACAGCAGCGUUGACGAGGUUCACUUGCCUAAUUUGCGCUAUCUAGAUGCUGUAGUAAAGGAGACCUUCCGGUUGCACCCACCUAUGCCCCUCCUUGUGCCCCGUUGUCCGGGCCAAUCAACCACUGUUGGUGGCUAUAGCGUACCAAAGGGCACAAGGGUCUUCCUAAAUAUUUGGUCUAUUCAGAGGGAUCCACAGGUUUGGGACAAUUCUACAGAAUUCCAACCUGAGAGGUUCUUGAAUGAUCCUGACAAGUUUGAUUACUUGGGAAAUGAUUGCCGGUACAUGCCAUUUGGCUCCGGAAGGAGAAUGUGUGCAGGAGUUUCUCUUGGGGAGAGGAUGCUAUAUUCCACGUUGGCCUCAUUGCUGCAUGCUUUUGACUGGAAAUUGCCUCAGGGUGCAGAACAAGACUUGACCGGCAGAUUUGGAAUUAUCAUGAAGAAAAUGAAGCCUAUAGUUGUUAUUCCAACACCAAGAUCAUCUAAUAUCGAGCACUAUAUCAAAUAACUGUGUUAUUCGUUGCCUCUUUAGCAUUAUUUGGCAACAGUACUAUGUAUCGGGUCAUAAAGCUUGUCAAAUAAUCAAUCAAACAAUAAUGAAUU